AUGUAUCAACAGCCUAUGUUGUUCUGUGAGAUAUUUGAUGUAUGGGGCAUUGACUUUAUGGGACCGUUUCCCAAUUCCAAUGGGUAUCUGUAUAUCCUGUUAGCGGUUGACUACGUGUCAAAGUGGGUAGAAGAAAUACCUACCCGCCUUGACGAUGCCAAUACCGUCAUUUCUUUUAUCAGAAACUAUAUUGUGUGCCGUUAUAGGUCGCCACGAGCAAUCGUGAGCGACCAAGGAUCCCACUUUUGUAACAGAAAGGUAGAGGCACUGUUCAAGCGCUAUAGAGUUGCAACUACUAAUAAUCCACAAACCAACGGACAAGCGAAAGUGUCCAACCGGGAUAUUAAGAGAAUCUUGGAGAAAGUAGUCAAUCCACAAAGGAAGGAUUGGAGCCUCCGGUUAGGAGAUGCAUUAUGGGCGUAUACAACGGCCUACAAGACUCUGUUGGGGAUGAGUCUCUUCCGGAUUGUCUAUGGAUGGCCACCAAGAAAGGCAAGGAGAAAGCUUCAAGGAAACCAGCCACAAAGAGGGCACCCCCAGUCACGCUCUAAGGCACACUCUUCACUAGGAGCCAAACAUCUAUCUAAGAAGAUGAAGGCACCCGCUCCUAUUGAUGUGAAUGAAAAGAGCAAACCGGCAAAAGAUUCUUCAAGGUUCCCCAACCGCUUCUGUGAACUUAUGUUCCCCUUCAUGGUUGAAAGGAACUAUCAUGCUGAGCAUCUACUCACUCCGCCGGAUAAAGUUGCUCCUUGCAUUCUACCCCGCAUUGAACAGCGAGGAUGA